GGGAGGAGAAGCCUGGGUGCCCUCCACUGAUAAGCAGUCUCCACCCAGAGGCCAGUCCGGUGUGUCUGGGGACAGGGGAAAGAGCAGCAGAAGUGCCCCUUCUGUGGGGUGGGGGCAGAAGGGGGACAGUUUCCUGGAACCCCAGUUCUCCGAAUCAGCACCUAGAGUGGAAUCAGGCAGGAUUCUGUGGCCACAGAGGACAGACAGAUGGAGUGGGGGGACCAAAGUGAGGAAGAGCCCAGGGAACCCAACCAGGCAGGUGGAAUGGGGACUCUCUGGAGCCAGGAAAUCUCUCCAGAAGAGAGGCUGCCUGUGGAAGGGAGCAGGCCAUGGGCAGUGGCCAGGCGGGUGCUGACAGCUAUCCUGCUUUUGGGCCUGCUCCUUUGUUCUUCUGUGCUUUUGUUCUACAUCUUCCGGAACUGUGGCCCUCGCCCCUGUGAGACAUCUGUGUGUUUGGACCUCCGCGAUCAUUAUCUGGCCUCUGGGAAUACCAGUGUGGCCCCCUGCACCGACUUCUUCAGCUUUGCCUGUGGAAGGGCCAAAGGGACCAAUAAUUCUUUUCAGGAGCUUGCCAAAAGGAACAAAAACCGACUUCGGAGAAUCCUGGAGGCCCAGAAUUCCCGGCACCCAGGCUCUGGGGAGGAGAAAGCCUUCCAGUUCUACAACUCCUGCAUGGAUACACAUGCCAUUGAAGCUGCGGGGGCUGGUCCCCUCAGACAAGUUAUUGAGGAGCUUGGAGGCUGGCGCAUCUCUGGUAACUGGACUUCCUUAAACUUUAACCGAACGUUGAGACUUCUGAUGAGUCAGUAUGGCCAUUUCCCUUUCUUCAGAGCCUACCUGGGACCUCAUCCUGCCUUUCCGCACACACCAGUCAUCCAGAUAGACCAGCCAGAAUUUGAUGUUCCCCUCAAGCAAGAUCAGGAACAGAAGAUCUAUGCCCAGAUCUAUCGGGAAUACCUGACUUACCUGAGUCGACUGGGAACCCUGCUGGGAGGAGACCCAAACAAGGUGCAACAACACGCCUCCUUGUCCAUCUCCAUCACUUCGCAGCUAUUCCAGUUUUUGAGGCCCCUGGAGCAGCGGCAGGCACAGGGCAAGGUCUUCCAGAUGGUCACUAUCGACCAGCUCAAGGAAAUGGCUCCUGCCGUCGACUGGUUGUCCUGCUUGCAAGCGACAUUCACACCGAUGUCCCUGAGCCCCUCUCAGUUACUCAUGGUCCAUGACCUGGAGUAUUUGAAAAACAUGUCACAGCUGGUGGAGGAUCUGCUGCUAAAGGACAGGGACUUUCUGCAGAGCCACAUGAUCUUAGGGCUGGUGGGGACCCUUUCUCCAGCCCUGGAUAGUCGAUUCCAGGAGGCACGCAGAAAGCUCAGCCAGAAACUGCGGGAACUGACAGAGCAAUCACCCAUGCCUGCCCGCCCACGAUGGAUGAAGUGCGUGGAGGAGACCAGCACCUUCUUCCAGCCCACGCUGGCAGCUCUGUUUGUUCAUGAGGCCUUUGGCCCGAGCACCCGAAGUGCUGCCAUGGAAUUAUUCACUGUGAUCCGAGAUACCCUGAUCACUCGCCUCAGAAAGCUUCCCUGGAUGAAUAAGGAGACUCAGAACAUGGCCCAGGACAAGGUCGCUCAACUGCGGGUGGAGAUGGGGGCUUCGGAAUGGACCCUGAAGCCAGAGCUGGCCCAACAAGAAUACAGCGAUAUACAACUUGGACCCAGCUUCCUGCAGUCUGUCCUGAGCUGCGUUCGGUCCCUCCGAGCUAGAAUUGUCCAGAGCUUCUUGCGGCCUUUCCCUCCGCACAGGUGGCAAGUGUCCCCCUGGGAGGUCAGUGCUUACUAUUCAACAUCUGACCAUGUGGUAGUUUUUCCAGCUGGACUCCUCCAACCCCCAUUCUUCCACCCUGGCUACCCCAGAGCCGUGAACUUUGGCGCUGCUGGCAGCAUCAUGGCCCACGAGCUGUUGCACAUCUUCUACCAGCUCUUGCUGCCUGGGGGCUGCCUGGGCUGUGACACUCAUGCCCUCCAGGAAGCUCUCCUGUGCCUGGAGCGCCAUUAUGCUGCCUUUCCAUUACCCAGAGGAAGCUCCUUCAAUGACUCCCUCACGUUGUUGGAGAAUGCUGCAGAUGCUGGGGGGCUAGCCAUUGCGCUGCAGGCAUACAACAAGAGGCUGUUAUGGCACCAUGGGGAGACCGUCCUGCCCAGCCUGGACCUCACCCCCCAGCAGAUCUUCUUCCGAAGCUAUGCCCAGGUGAUGUGUAGGGAGCCCAGCCCCCAGGACUCUCACGACACUCACAGCCCUCCGCAGCUCCGAGUCCACGGGCCCCUGAGCAGCACCCCUGCCUUUGCUAGACAUUUCCGCUGUCCACCUGGUGCCCUCUUGAACCCCUCCAGCCGCUGCCAGCUCUGGUAACGCAGCUACCAAAGAUGCCACAGCACAGAAAUAUUGACCGACACCACCCUGGUCACAUCCACAGAAUCAGAGCAAGAUCUCCUUUCCGCUUCUGUUCCAAAAAUAAAAGCUGGCACUUGGCUUCCGCUUGUCUCUUAA